UAAUCAAUGGUAUUGCAAAUUAGUAUAUAAACGGUUUUCGGCAGUUUGUAAUCACACUUGAAGUCUACCCACAGUCCCAUCAAGAUGAAACUGAUCAUUGUUCUCGCCGCUUUGGUUGCCGUGGCUUUGGCCAAGCCUUUGGACUCCGACAAGGAUGCCCAAAUCUUGAAGAACGACUUCGACAACAUUGGAGUCGAUGGAUACCAACACGCCUAUGAGACCAGCAACGGAAUCUCCGCUUCCGAAGAAGGACAUAUCAUCAACGCCGGUACCGACAACGAAGCCAUCGCCGUCCGUGGACAAUUUUCCUACGUCGGUGCCGAUGGUGUCACUUACACUGUCACCUAUGUAGCUGAUGAGAACGGUUUCCAACCACAAGGCGCUCACAUCCCACAACCAGAAUAAGAAUUGACCCAAGCUAUGAAUUUGAACUCUAGUACCUUUAAAUAAACAUUUCAAAAUCUAAA